AAAUGUUGGCUUAAAGUUUUAGUUUAGUUUGAGAAGUUGACCGAUUUCAUUGAAAAACAAUCAUUAUUAUUGCAUUUUGUCCAAGUAUUAUUUAGUUGUUGAACUUUAUUUUCGGUAUAACUUGGAUUGUCUUCGGCUCGACCAUAACAUAUAUCUGUGGUGGGAAGUGGAAAUGUGAUGUUUAUAAAUUUAAUAAUUUAUCAUCAAUGGGAAUUUGUUACACGGGAAUUGUCUAAUGGCUGUAAAUAAAUCCACAAAUAUAGAAAUUGAAGUUGAAACUUUUGUUGCCGAUGAGGUUCAUCAGGAGUUACCGCUGAGUGAAUUAAAUAAUUCCAUCAACGCAGAACAUGAUGGUGUUGAUGUUGUUCCCGAUCAAAGCAUAUGUACUCAAAAGGAGACCAGUGAAGUAGACUCUUCUCGACCGAAUGAAUUUGCAAUGACCAAAGGAAUUGCUGAAGGAAUGAUGGACAUAGCCCUGUUAACUGCAAAUUCAAAUCAGCUCCGAUUUAUUAUGUCAUAUAACAUGGAAUCGAAAACGUACUACUUGAGUCUCGGACUGAUUAUCGCAUCGUUAAUAUUGCAAAUUACCGUCGGCUUCGGACUUAUUUAUAAGAACUACAACAAAAAGAAGAAACGAAAAACGGAAACCAACAAAAUUAAAGAAAUAUUGGUGUCACUUAUCUUUCUGAUAACGGUCAUUAACGUACUGGGAGCUGCGUUUACCACAACAGAUAAAGUUAGCGAAUGACUUGUAUUGAGUGGUUAAAAAAUUGAAAUAAAUAAGACUUUGAAUUUGUAUAUUGUAAGAAUAAAUGAACUACCCGAAUUAAAUA